AUAGUUCCUUCGACCACGUCAAUCUAGUAGUAUUAUUUUUUAAGGAAUAAUUAUUAAAAUGUCAUUGAGUAGAGACGAAAAGUUACAGGAUAUUAAGAAUUUUUUACAACAUGACUUAAUUGCCUCCGAUUUAAAGCUUAGCUUGUUCAUUAGCGCUUCAAAAUGCUACAAGAAAGACUUUUUAGUAAACCCAUUUCCAUCGUUCUACAUAAAAAAUGAUAUAAAGGAUUUUGAUAAACUGGCCAGUGAUCUGGAUCAGAUUCCUCCAUUGGAAGAGUUGCUGUUGCUUUUGAUUGCUGAAUUCGGAAGUGAACAAAUUUUGACUGAUUCUGUGGUUGACUUACUGCAUUGGGUAUUAAUUGAGUAUUUAAAGUAUGAUAUACAGACUGUCCACAAAUCUAAGCAUGAUGAAAUAUUAUCGUUAUCUAAAAGCACUGGAAAAUAUCAAGUACCGAAUUAUGUUUUUCAAAUCAAUUACAAAAAUACAUCCGGAUCAGAGAGGAAAUUUAAUCAACUAAAAUUUGGUAAUACAACAAAAUUUGCUUUUCAUGGGACGAAAUUCUAUUGCAUGUAUUCCAUUCUUAAUUAUGGAUUACAACAGCAUUUAAAUAAAACAGCUUUGUUCGGCGAAGGGCUAUAUUUUUCAUAUGAACUUCAAGUAAGUCAAUUAUUCAGUCAGUCGGUCUUAAGCUGGAAUAAAAGUAAAUUAGGUGAACUAGUAAGUUGCACGGCAGUUUGUGAAUACAUAGAUGAUCCACUCUACACAAAGAUUCGCAAAGAAAAUGCAAAGAACUCUGAUAUUCCACAAAACUACUUGCUGAUAACAAAUAAUGAAAUUGUUCGUCCUCGAUAUCUACUUGUUUAUGGAUCAAAUAAACCAUCACUUAAGAAGUCAACAUCAGCAAAUCUUGUAAAUAACCCAACAGUGUUAAUUGAUGAACCAAGAACUUUCUUCACAUGGUGCCGAAGGAAUCCGUUGAUUGUGUCAGCUGCCAUUUAUCUUCUAUUAUUAUUUCUAGUGGGAUUAAGCAGUCAUAGAAGUUUCGAUCAUUAUAAAAAUAUCUUCAUAAAUUUUUUUAAAAAGCGAUUUAAGUUUGAAUGACAUCGAAUGGCUAAUGAAGUUUACACAUAAUUUAUUUAAUAAAAAGUGCUUUCUCGAGUCAAACGCACAAUUUUUUCGGAAACUACUUUAACAUAAUUUAUUUGUUUUGUUUCUAUUCCUUUAGUUCUGUCCAGACAUGAAUUUUGAAAGAAAAUCAGCUGGCUUAGGUUCAACGGUUUCUUGCCAAUAGUUCUAAAAUGUCCUUUCUGUUUCCAUUGUUUAGUGCAUUCCUUUAAUUCCAUUUGACCCUUGAUUACAAGCAUAUCAAUAACACGAACAUCUGAAACCUCCUUGUGUCUCAAAAACAUCUCUCUGAGCUUUGACUUGCACUGUUCCUCACUUUUUGGGAUGUCAAAUUUAUCAACUGAAAUAGAUGAUGUAAUGAUACCAAGCUUUAUAUAGAUUUAAAACACGUCGUCUAGCUUCAUCCCGGUCCAACGAUAAAAUUGGUCGCACUUGCUGAAUUACCCGCUUUACUGGUUCCUUUGCAGCCAUUGAAAAUAAAUUUUCAGAAAAAUUCUUAAAUUUUCUACUUUAUUUUGCGAACGUGCCUAAAUGAUGUUAC